AUGCCAGUCGAUCCAGAAAAAUUAGCUAAAUUGCAAAAGUCAUCUGCCAAAAAAGUUGGUGGUUCAAGAGUUAAAGCCAAGAAGAACAUCAAGACUGAACAAGAUGACACCAAAUUGAUUGAAGCUUUGGGUAAAUUGAAAGCUACCAAAAUCGAAGGUGUUGAAGAAGCCAAUUUCUUCAGAGAAGAUGGUAAAGUUUUACAUUUCAACAGAGUUGGUGUUCAAGGUGCUCCAGCUUCUAAUACUUUUGCCUUCACUGGUUACCCACAAGAAAAGAAUAUUACUCAAUUGAUCCCACAAAUUUUACCACAAUUGGGUGCUGAAAACUUGGAAAUCUUGAGACAAUUGGCUGAACAAAUCCAAGCUGGUAAAACUCCAAAAGACUUCAACACUGGUUCUGCUAACGCUGCUGCUGAUGCCGGUGGUGAAGAUAUUCCAGACUUGGUUGACCAAAAAUUUGACGAUGUAGAAUAA